AGCGUUUUGCUCAACAUAUAAUUGUUGUGUUUGGUCGUUGUAAAAAUCUCUACUCAGUGGACAGAUAUAUAAACAGAAACACUUCGACACGAGACGUAAAUGUUUGUAAUUUAUAGGGAGUGCACACUAAUCUGUGAACAGCGCAGCACAACAGUUUGGAAACUGAAUUAGUCCCCGGAGUCCACUCUGCAUUUUCAUCGAUUUCAUCGAAAUCAUCACCAUAUCUGCAUCAAAGUCAGCCCUGGACAGGCAUUUGUCUCCGGGUUCUCCCAGAUACAUUACCAGCUGGCGGUGAUUGCUCCAUUCACAUCGGUCGACUCAUGGCAAAAAGGUUGACAUAUUUGAAUUGAUUGAUUGGAUACAAAGGCUUACACGUGACAAGCGCAGUAAUCAAUAUCUUUAUUAGAUCAAGCAAAUAUAAAGAAAAUGACAGCGACUUGGCGGUAUUAGGCUUGCUCUCGGCAUUCUGACUUGUAGAGAGUGGAUAAUGGAUUAGAAAGUGCAGCGAUAGGGACGUCGUAAUGGAUUAUAAUGACCUUUUCUUGUCACCAAAUGUAGCAGAGGAUAACGCCCAUCAUACCAGAUCGAGAUCCUUUAAGGGCCGACCUCGGCCCAAAGAGCACGAGGAACAUGAAUUCCGCCCGCGAAGGAAUAGUAUGCCCUCGCAUCCGCAUCGCAGACUUUUGGUACCUCAAACCAAUAAUGCAGAUGAAUGUGAAGAAGAACCAAGAGAAGCACUGUGCAGGGUGCGAUCUUUCAAAACCACAUCUAAGGGAGGUAUUGUUAAUCGAGGUGACAGUAUAAAACGCAAGACCCAGAAGGAGAACUUGCAUGCAACUAAAAGCUUACCAGUAAACCGUGAAGUUCGUCAAGACACGGGGAGGAAACAUUCUUCUUGUACAGAAUUUGAACUUGUUCAACAAACUCAGAAGACACAGACAGAACCUCUUACAGUUAUAGUGUUAGGUCCGGCUGGCGUUGGAAAAACUCUCCUAGCGACGCAGUUUAUGACGUCAGAAUAUAUUGGAACGUCAUCUGAUGGCGAUGGAGGAGACAUGACAGUGACGGUGCAACUAGACAAUGAGGAAUCCACGAUUCGAUUUAUAGAUCCCUCCAGGGAAGAGGAAGACGUGAUCGAGAGUGAGGUGGACGCGUACUUGGUCGUCUUCUCUGUCAAUGACCGCUCGACAUUCGAGAUGGCGGUGGAGACUUUGUAUCAGAUACGUCACGAGCUUUGCUCCCAGAAAGCAGUCAUCCUGGUGGCAAACAAAAUUGAUAUUGUUCGGAAGAGAGUUAUUUCUUCGGAAGAAGCUCGAGCGGCCGCAAAUCAGUACGACUGUAAAUAUGCGGAAACGUCGGCGGCGCUGAAUCAUCACGUGGAUGAACUGCUUGUGGGCGUGCUCAGUCAGAUCCGACUCAAACAUGACCCUGAAGCAGUCGAAGAACAUGAAGCGCACAAAACCCAUAAGGAACAUCGGAAAGGCUCCUUCCGAAUCGCCAAAGGAAUUCUUACUAAGCUGUUCAGAAAACACAGUAAAAAGGACAAGUCAUGUGAAAACUUGUAUGAGUUGUGACGUCAAAAGAUGUUGUUUACAUUCUGGUUGAAAUAAAUGGCACCUAGCAUAUAAAACAAAUCGAGCUUUACACAAAAAUCUUUUCCCAUAAUUGUCAUGUAAGCGUAACUUCAAUAUCAGCGUGUUCGCUGUAAUCGUGUUUUACUGUACGACCUGGGGAGAAACUCGGGUUUGUCUAUAGUCGAUUUCAAAAAUAUAUUUUUAAAUUGCCGAAUACUGUAAACUUAAUUUUCACAUUUAUUGAAUAAUGGAGAAUUUUGGAUUUUGAUGAAACAAUGGUCAAUAUCAAAUGUAUCGAAUGAAAAGAAAUGUUCAUAAUAUUGAUUGUUCUUGGAAGUCCUAUUGACAUCAUUCAAAAAUAUCACGUGUACUAGAAAACAAUUCUGGAACACUACGUAAUACAAAAAAUCAUGAUGAACAUAUCAGAAGUAAACCAUUCCAUCAAACUGAAGAGUCCCCUCCAAAGAAUGGAAAUCCGUUCCUUCUUACUGAUAGCAGGUUACUGAACCGAAGAAGUAGAGCACCGAUUGAUGCUACGGAACACAUCGUCAAACCGAGAUUUCGGACGAAUGUGUUCUUUUCUGGUAUAUUUCAGUAUCUUCACACCUAACAUUUUUAGAUCCUCCAGCGCUGUUGAGUUCUUUUCUAUUUCAUUGUCAUGGCAUACGGGUUGAGUGAACCAAAUGAUAUUGUGUUGAAGCUAGGGUUUUAUUGUAUAGGUAUUGAAUAUCAUAUCUAUCGUUAAAGAUGUUUUUAUGUCAAACAAAAUAAAUUAUAUUCGUAUGUC